AGAAAGCAGACCUCCUUUGUGAAGCAGAUCCUGUUGAUCUCCUGUUUUCUUCGGGUUUUGUUGCUAAUCUUGUCAAAAUUCCAGCUUCUUUGAUGCAUGUGGAGUCACAGCGUGCAGAUCUGCGGUUCUGAUAUUUCAUCUUCUGCUUCCUCUUGUUCUAGGUCCUCCUCUGCCCCUGGAGGGUGUCAGAAUAGACAGAGAGGGUGUCAUUCAUCUGACAGAGAUCCCCCCCCCCCCCCCCAACACUGUCACAGGACGUAUUAAGACGGCCUGGAUGAUCAUCUAACUGCUGCUGGAAGAAGAGGGCCCUCCCUGCCUCCAAGGAUGGAGAAGGCGUGCCCUUGAGAGUCGUGACCCACACCUGACCUCUUCUGCCAUUCUGUCUGGGAUAAGACACGCACCCCCGCUCCCCGUGACCGGCGGCCCACCCUGAGGGCCGGACAGGUUUCGCCUGUGAGCUGGUGUGAUUUUUUCCAAGUCCCGCCUGACGGCUCGAGCGAUCCUGACGUCGAACAUGACUCAUGGGGGGGAGCCUGGCUCAGAGACGCACCAGGAUUCAGCUGUUCUAACAUAUCUGGAAGGUUUACUGAUGCAUCAGGUGGCUGGCCGGCCAAGCGGUGCCGCAGCCGCGCAAAGGCCUGAGGCCAGGCCUGGCGGCCAGGAUCAGGUCGACAGGGCGGCCAGGGCCCCGCCACCCCCCCAUAGCCCCGCCCAGCAGGACAAGAGGCCGUCUCCCGGGGGGCCUCCGCGGCAUUUCAAGAAGGCCCGACUGCUCCGGUCUGAGGCCUGGAGGGAACCGGAAGGUCAAGCACUGCGGAUUCCCACCGGGGGCACCAAUGAGCAGGGUAUGGCCCCCAGGGGUGGGGCGGUAGACAGCUCCGCUCAGGGGGAGAGCACUUUGCUGGCUUCGCUGCUGCAGUCCUUCGGCUCACGGCUUCACGGCGCUGCCGUCACACAGCAGGUCACGCGGGACCUGAAAGAAUCGGAGCCCAAGCGGGAGCUGAAGGAGCCGGACCAUAAAGUGCCGGAACCAAAACGGCCAGAUGCCAAGCAUCAGGAGCCUCAGGCGAACAAGGAGGACCCCCGCUGCUGUGGGACAGCGUCUGGUCGCCUGAAGAGUCUGAUGAGGAGGAGCCGAACACAGAAUCACGGCGAUGUGCCUUACCGCCGGCGGACAGCCCAUGAGAGUCCGCCGCAGGACACCCCGCGCCUCCCCAGCUCUGACUCCUGCGCCGCGCGUCUGAAAGCCGUGGCUGGCCUGGCAAAGGUUCGGUCCAGCCCAGCAUCCUCGCCCAGGCCCAGUGUGGCCUGUAGUCAGCUGGCCCUGCUGCUGUCCAGCGAGGCGCACCUUCAGCAGUACUCCCGGGAGCAGGCAAUGAAGGCCCAGCUGUCCAGCCGGGCGGCCAGUGAGCGGCUUGCCGCCAUGGCCACGCAGAAGGAUAAGCACGGGCAGCCUCAGCUGACCCCAGAUGCCAUAAGCUCCUUAAAUGCUCAACACAGAGCACACCCUCAUCUGCCCCUAGACUCCCAUAAACAAAAUCCAUCCCCAGUUCCAGGACAGAGCCGGCUUCAUGGCUCUCCCCGGAAUUCUCUCGCUGCCCGAGACAAGCGGCCGCUGAGCAAGCAUAGCGCCCGGCCCUCGCAGACCUGCAGCAGCUUGCUUUUGCUUCUUCUGAACAACCACAACAGCAGUAAUGGCCACCCAGUGAGAGAAGACAACACCCUUCCUGUCCAAAGAUCCCCACUGCCGUCAGAUGGAGAGUUUUCCAACCAGGAGAAUGGCAACGCUAAGGAGAACAGUGACGCAGAGAGCUCCUACUCCUGCUGUUCUCCUAUCGACCUCUCUGUCAAAAGCAGGAGCACCGGGCCUGUGCUUGGCUCAUCCUCUUCCUCCUCCCUGGACAAGCUCACAGAGUCCUUGAUAAAGAAGUGGAAGCCGGAGACGUCGGGGUCAGAGACGGAGGAGCUUAAAAUGAGGCGAGAGGUGAGAUCCCCGCAGAAAGUCACGCUCCUGCAAUUACUGCAAGAUCGUAAGAAUGCAGAGCGGCCAAGCGGGAUCGCGGAGCGGCCAAGCGGGAUCGCGGAGCGGCCAAGCGGGAUCGCGGAGCAUCCUUCAGAGUUUCAGCGUGACGUAAUUCCUAAGCUCAGCAACGUGCCUAAAGGACGGUUUACGCCAACGACUCUCAGCGAGCGGUCGGUGACACAGAGUCCUGCCAAUGGGCUGCCUGAUAGGAACUUUCAGUCCUCGUCCACAUUUCCCAGUGGGCAAGACUCCAGUGGCGCUGCGUCUCCAUAUCGCCUUUACGCUUCUCCUCAUAUUCAGUCUACCCCCCUGGACUUGUGUAAGUCCAAGUCCCACCCAGGCGAAAGUGCCCAAGAGCCCGCUUUUAGUGCCAGUAAACUUCUGCAGAACUUAGCGCAGUGCGGAGUGCAGAAUGCCGCCCCUUCUCCACCACAUGCCGCUCCUAUGCCCCCCAGUAAAAGGUUGUGUAGGGGACUGGAAAUCAAAGCGGAUAAGACACUGCCGGAAAGACUUCCCGCGCCAGUUCAGCAGAACCAGUCCCCCAUGUUAGAUGGGCCCCAGGAGAACCACAGACCUCACAUGCGGGGCCUGUCUUCGCCAGUGUCAGAGAUCGAGAAUCUUCUUGAGAGGAGAACGGUCUUGCAGCUCCUCCUGGGAAACGGCACCAGCAAAGACAAACCAGGCUGCAAGGUUAGCAGAGAGUUCGUGACAGACUCUUAUGAAAAGCAGUCUGAAAAAGUCACUACCUGUGAUCGCUUCAAUGGACCUUCCCCGGAUGUAAAGAUCAAAGUUGAGCCAGAAGAUGAAGGUCAACUAUCUGAUGAUGCUAGAGGGGUUGAGAGGUCCUGUAAUGAGAAUGCCAGGCGUUGCCUAGACUCUGUUCCGCAGCAGGACGUCAAAUCCGAGCCAGCUCCUACCGAGUCCGUCCCCAGGGAUGGUCUCCUCAGCCAGCUCUUAAAACAGCAGCCAAGAAACCACCAAGCAAAUGCACAAGCAGAUGUGAGUGUGGGGAAUGCAAACGAGGAACGGCAGGAGCAUCAAGGACUUGUAAUCCCUAAGAAACGGAGGAUCUGCUUGGAGCUGGAGAGUCGCUUGAGCAGCGAUUCCACCCAAAUGUCAGCGGGCAAAGCCACCCAAAAAGGUACCGUUGCCAUGGGUGACCGCCCGGCUUCUAGGAUGCCAGAGUGGAGUAGCGUCAGACAGACGAAAAAUCCGCAGCUAGCUGAUCUUCCUGCCGGUUGUCUUGGUAGCGAAUCCCCACCAAAAGGUGGCCGGACCUUCAAUGUGUUGAAGCAGCUGCUGCUCUCAGACAACUGCCUGAGGGACUUAGCUCAGCCUGGGGGCACCUCCAGCCCCCCCGCCUUGUUGACCCACUGCAAGACCAAUGGGAGUAUGUCACUGGGUCUUUCUCAUGAUUCCAGCAGCUCAAAGUGGAACCUUGGUGUGCCGGGGCUGGGACCUUCUGAACUCAAAGGAACAAUUCUUGAUUCACCUUGGGGCUACCCAGGUGCACGCCAGGAGAAAACAAACCCCGUUCCCUUUAACAAAGAGAGCGAGAGACCCAUUCAGGGGGUGAUUAGCAGGAAAGAUAAACAGGACUCGGACUUUGACUCUCCAAGACUUACAAAGUCUAACCCCAUCUUGUAUUACAUGCUUCAGAAGGGCAACGCUCAUCUCGCAAGAGAGGUACGAGACCUCGGGGCAGAGGAGCAUCGUGAGGUUCAGGUGAAGGAUGAAUCUGAGGUGGAUGUGAAAGACUAUGACCACAAACUGAACUUAAAAUGUCACUUGAAGACGCACGACGAACAGCGAGGAGAAGAAGGCGGGCAGCUCAAUGGAUCUCUGGAGAAAUGCUGACUCUUCAGCGCAAGGGCAUGCGAUUUAACUACUCGGGACUUGAAGGUCCCGGUGUCUUUGGGUUUUGUAAUGCGUUUGCUUUGCUUACUAGUUUCGUUUAAGCAUGUUUAAGAUGGGAGUAUGUUUGGGUCAGUUAAGUGCAUCGCAAAUGCGACUAACAGAAUUAACACAAACCUGAAUGAUUGUUUUGUUUGUAGUAUUUUAACCUAUUUAUAAUCUGCAUCUUGGUUCCUGUUUUGAAAACCAGAGAUGUCUGGUGGGGUUAAAAUGAAAAGAUUUAUGCACAAAAUAAAAUAAUUAUGGGAAAACUCACCCACACUAGAUGAGUUCAGAAACAUCUACGCAGAGGCUUUGGAAUUAUCCUAGACUUAUGAGGUUAUUUGUAAAAGGGCCCCUACAUCACGUCGUACUUUUCUGAGCCUGUUGAUACUUUGGGAAAAAAACACACUGAGUUUCAAUCCGAAAAGGCAGUGCUGCUUCAGUCAGUCCAGUCUUCACCCCCCACCCCCCCCCACCCCCGUGUUCAUCCAGGGAUUCACUCUACAAAUAGGUUUUGUGCAGAUACCGGGAAUUAAAUAUUCUCGGAAACCUCGGGAAUUUGAGAGUGACCUGGGCAAGCAGGACCAAGCAACAGCCAAUCUAACGUCAAAUCAGGGAUACACUGAUGCUACCCAGCCGUUGUCGUUCACCUUAGCAGCUCGCAAAAAGACAUGUAUCGCUGACACACGCUCUGAGAGCCUUUUCUGCAGAAGGAUCCAUGUGGGUCUUUGUCUGAACAGAGAGGGUCUCUAAAUGUUGGUAUUUAGCAGGGCUUAGGUGUCAGCUAAAGGUCAGUUCACGGAGAAGCAGCCGGUUCCCGUACACAGAGCUUCAUUUGGUGCUUCACUUUGGAGAUUUAUCUUAUGGUGUAGUGAGUUUUCCCAACAGUUACGGGAGAGAUUUAUGUUUCGAUGUCGUGAUGAGCUGGUUUUAGAUGAUGUUACGUACGGCUUUCGUUGAUACUUCGGUGAUGUUUUUUUUUGCUGUGUAUAUUGAAAUUCAGCAGUGCCAAAUCUUGAAAAAAUGUAACGUUAAUGUAUUUGUGAGGAAGAGAUAUGGGGAUUGAGAUGCGAGUUGCUGGGUCGUAUCACAGCAGAAACUGCUUUUAGGUCCAUUUUCGGCAGGAAACGUCAAAUCGAUGUCAGGCCUGAGAUUAGGGAAUGCCUGUUUCUGGGGAAAAUACAAAUAUGCCGUCACCACCUGGUAUGGUUAGAUGUGGAAGCAUCUUGUUAUGUCCGGAGGCUGGGACCACUUCUGAAGAGCAGAUCCCUGUGCCGGGCUCAUGGGCUUGGGACAGGAGUGGAGAGCAGCAGCUCUAAUGGAACCUUCUCUUUAUUCCUGAGCAAAUGCUUUAAUUAUAUAUGUUAUAUAUGCUUAACUUAUAUACGUUUCGCCAAUAUGCACAGCAGGAUGAGUCACAGAAGCAGUUUGCCCUACUAACAAGUAUCACAGCAGGAUUAAUCCUAACGUUAAUCCUGAGUCUGAACCCUUAACCUAUUAGCUACGAGGUCCGUUUGUACGAGGUCCGUUUGUGAACCACUAGGCGACCGCCCGCCCUGGCUGUGAUUACUGUUUAUCGGAUCAGUGUUUUUCCAGUGUAGAAUCGAAGAAGCAUGUUGAUCAGACUGUCCUGUCAUGAACAUGACAUUUUAAAAGAUUUCAGUGUGACAUAUGUAUAUUUUUUCAGUAUUAAUGUACAUGUCCUCUAUUUACAGUCGAUGUUUCGAUGAGUGGUUUAAAAUGUAUGUAAAUAGGUCUUUCGUUAAAAAAAAAAAACUAUUUUGUACCGUUCACAAAAAAAAAAGACGACA